CUGAUAACCAUUGGAACUUGGAAGGAAGGUUCAAUAAAAGACAGACACGUAGGACAAACGGUCACACGGGGUGUCACGUUAUUUUCCAUUCCCAAUUCCAAUCGCAAAGCAAAACCACAAAAUCACGCGUUGCUUCCGCGACUUCUUCGAUUCAGCCACCGACAGAGCCGGCGGUUUCCGAUCACAAUGGCCGACAAGUACAACCUCAAGAACCCCGCCGUCAAGCGGAUCCUCCAGGAGGUCAAGGAGAUGCACUCCAACCCUUCCGACGACUUCAUGAGUCUCCCUCUCGAGGAAAAUAUAUUUGAAUGGCAAUUUGCGAUUAGAGGGCCUCGUGAUACUGAAUUUGAGGGUGGUAUUUAUCAUGGACGGAUCCAGUUGCCUUCAGAGUAUCCAUUCAAACCCCCUUCAUAUAUGUUGUUGACACCUAAUGGUCGUUUUGAGACUCAAACCAAGAUUUGCUUGAGCAUAUCGAAUCAUCACCCUGAGCAUUGGCAACCAUCAUGGAGUGUGAGGACUGCUUUAGUUGCACUGAUUGCAUUCAUGCCUUCCAACCCAAAUGGUGCAUUGGGCUCAUUAGACUACAAUAAAGAAGAGAGGCGUACCUUGGCCGUCAAGUCUCGUGAAGCUCCUCCUAGAUUUGGGACUCCUGAACGUCAAAAGCUGAUUGAUGAGAUACACGAGUACAUGCUAAGCAAGGCACCCCCUGUUCCCCAACCCAGCGCCACAGAGGCUUCUGAAGAGCACCCUAGAAACGAGGAGGCUGAGGAUGAGGUCCAGGUUAAUUCCCCGAAUCGCGAGUCUUUACCAGCGGGAGAGGGGAUUCCAGGUCAAGAAGGUGAUGGAAUUGUUGAAGAACAAGAAGUCCUUGUUGCAAAUGCUAACCCUGCAGGAGUUGAAGUUCCAAGGGAGGUUCAAUCAAGAGUUUCCAGGAAUGAGGUGCUCCAAAUGUCAGAUACAAGGGUUCACAAUCCUAGGCCAGAGCCCAGGGUCCAGAAACCUGAUGAUCGGUUGUUCACAUUGGCGGCUAUUGGACUUACUAUUGCAAUUGUCGUCCUUUUGCUCAAAAAGUUCAUUAAAUCUACCGAACAUGGGGCACUUUUCUCAGAUGGAUCUUAAGACAUUUAGUUGCUGAUGUUGGCUCCAGAAAUCAAACUUCUUAGCCUUUUUAUGCAGUGAAUAGAAAUAUAGAGCUCUUCUAAACUAAAAAGAAGUUUUCUCUUUUAAUUGUACUUUUAUUAUACUCUCUCUGUAAUUAUGGUAAUAUAAAUGUGCUCCUGCGAUAAUUGAGGAGCAGGUCCUUUGUUUUCUUGUUUACCGUGUGGUGUGAGCUACUCCACUUUCCAAGUACCAUAUGUCAACUAUUUGAUUAAUGUAUUGUCGAAAUUUAUUGCCUGAA